AUGUCAUCCACCACUACAGGUUUUCCGGAGGAGCGGCAGCGCAGAGGACCGCAGGGGUCAGAGGACUUGGACUUCAUCCCCACAGAAGAGGAGAAGAGGUUGUUAAAGGAGUGCAUAGAUGAACGCUUUUUGUAUAGGUCGGGGCCCUUCUCUUUGAUCAGCAUGGCUGUCACACAAACCCUAAUUGCCAGAGGGAUCCUGUCUGCAUCUCCAGUGUUUGGACCUGUACCCAAAAUGAUCUUUGCUGGCAUCUGUGGCUACGUAGCUGGGAAUAUAUCGUACAUGAAGACGUGCCAGGAGAAGUUCAGAAAGUUAAGACAGAGGACAGGACUGCCUCAGCAAUAUAUCUUAUUUUCCUCUGCAGUUGCCAAGGGUCCUCAGUCAGAGCUGAGUGACCCAGACACCCAGUCAUUUGACCCAAUGUUCCAGGCAGCAGAGGCCCCCAGCCAGAUGCCCAGUCACAGCAGGGAUUAUGACUAUGGCUUCAGGCCAGACCCACCCAUGGACAGACAGAACAACUUCAGCACUCCAGCUUCAGUCCAGGCAUAUGUGGAAGAGGAGGAGCCCAGGAGGAAGCCUAUCCUCUAUGAGGACCUGAGGCUAAAAAACAGGGAGAACUAUGAGGUCACACUCACCCAGAAGGCCGAGACACUGCUCAAAUCAACACCCGAGAAAGAGCGAGAAAGACCCAAGAAAGAGGUGAGGAAGAACGUCUAUGGAGACACCUGGGAAGAAUGAGUACUUUUUUGAGCUCUUAAGAUGUGAGAAUAUGGAGACAGCUUAGUUGCCAUUUUGCUUCAGUGUGACUUGGCUUUAGGUGUCAUGAAGCUGUGUAAGUUUCUUCUCAGUAUGUCUAUGUGAGUGAUUCAAUUAAACCAAACUGCUUAAGGAUUCAAA